GAAUUUCACAUAUAUAUUCCCGAGGACUAAGGAUGGUGGAACACGUAAUGUCGGAUAGAACAAUCAUUGUCCCCAUCCAUGAUCUUGGCGAGUAGCUGCAACCUCACUUGCAGACCAUCUUAGAAAUCUACUUCCCUGCACGCAAUCGGUCAGUUGCCGGAUAAGAAUGGCACCAGAGACAGAUGACACCGGCCCGCCAAGCCCGGACAUUCUGCUUGCGACACUCGCCGAGGCUUGCCUGUCAGGACAAGGCUAUGGAUCAAUGUCUCCAUCCAUCUAUGAUACCGCCUGGCUCUCUAUGAUCGAGAAGCCAGUCGGCUCGGGACUGUGGCUAUUCCCUGACUGCUUCGAUUACAUCUUGCGACAACAAUCUGACAAUGGGGGAUGGCCAUCUUAUUCCACUGUGACGGAUGGGAUUUUGAACACGUCUGCGGCACUACUGGCGCUUAUAACACACCAAAAGAGGUGUCGCUCGGAUCAGGUCUUAGAGUCUCGCUGUCACAAAGCCCAACAAGCCCUCGAGACCUUAUUAGACCGUUGGGACGUGUCAGCGUGCGAUCAAGUAGGCUUCGAAGUGUUGGUAACGCAGCACAUCAAUCUGCUGGCCGCGGAUGGAGUGGCUAUUAAGUUCCCGGGAAAGCAACACCUUGAUGAGGUUUUCCAUGCAAAGCUCAAACGGCUCUCAUCAUUACAAGACUUCCUUUACAAAAGGCCAUGCACAUUGCUGCACUCACUGGAAGCAAUGAUAGGGCAUAUCGACUUCGACCGGAUCCGCUGCUGGAGAGAGCCCAGUGGAUCAAUGAUGAACUCGCCAUCGUCGACAGCUGCAUACCUUAUGCACGCUUCCGAAUGGGAUCAGGCCGCUGAAGAUUACUUGCGCGCUGCUUUGCAGCAAGGACCAGGACGAUCCACAGGGUGCGUGCCUUGCGCUUGGCCUACGACAAUAUUUGAGGUUUCAUGGACAGUUACAACUCUUGUUCAAGCUGGUAUCCGAAUAGGCGAAGGGGACUCAAGUGCUCUGAGAACGGUUCUGGAGCGUGCUUUGUCUGAUGGUCAGGGCUGUGUUGGAUUUUCGCCAAACUCGACCGUUCCAGAUGCUGAUGAUACGGCAAAAACCAUCCUCGCCCUGCGAUAUUUGGGGAACAAGGAUUUUAGCAUUGACCCACUCCUGGCGACGUUUGAGACUGAAGAGCACUUUUUGACUUAUCAAGGAGAGAGAAAUCCGAGCUUCAGCACCAACUGUAACGUUCUCAUGUGUCUUGGUAUGCUAGAGAAUGCUCUGGAAUAUACCUCACAGAUCACCAAGACGGUCAAAUUUCUGAGCGACCGCAUUUUCGCGGCCCAGCUUACAGACAAAUGGAACCGAUCUGAACUGUACUCGAUGAUGCUUCUAUCCCAAGCUUUGGAGCGCCUAUACGGCAUCGACAAUGAAUCGCUACUCAACAAAGUGUCAUUUCAAUGCCCCAUACUAUUCAAUGAAUCUGUCCCAGUUGCGACUAUCCAGGUUCUCAUCAAAUUGGUUGGCUCACAAGGAGAAAAUGGCUCGUGGGAGGAUAUGUGUGAGCCGACGGCUUACGCUAUUCUUGCCCUGAGGUCGCUUGUACACCUACCAUGGUUGCGUGACGGUUUGGAGCUUUAUGGAAUCAAGUCCUGCAUUGACCGGGGCAGAUCCUAUCUGAAAGAAUCUGGCCAUAGCGAAUGGGUCAGAGGGAGGCACAUCUGGAUCGAAAAGCUUACCUACGCUUCGCCCCUCCUAUCGGAGAUUUAUUGUCAUGCUGCACUCUACAUCUCGCCUCCUCAGCCGCAGGGGAAUGAUACACCUACACCGUCUCUAGCGCAAGUACUGCCGAAUCCUACGAUCCUCGCAGGGAUGCGAAAAGCCGGCGUACUUAUGGCCCGCACGCCACUCCUAGGCCCUUCUCAGCUAGAGCCAAGUCUCCUCCGCGCCGCUGAGCUCCAGGCGGCUUACGCAUUGGGCGAACUCCAGAGGCACAAGCGGGACGUGUUUCCCGCACCACCACGCAAGCAUAAAACCAACGGCAAUGGAGGUGUGAACGAUGCGGCGAGGGACAGAUACCUCACGUUCGUGCCACUCACGUGGACGGCCUGCGCUGCGGUGUAUGGUGGAAAGUCCGUGAGCCUGCGCGUACUAUACGACAUGAUGGUCUUCUCCAUGCUGGUGUAUCAGGCGGAUGAGUACAUGGAGGGAGUGGUUGAGGCUGACCUGGGGACACAUUUAGAAUCGGUCAGGGAACUAGUCAGACGUGUUGUCGGCGAAGAGCUGGCCGAUGCUCCUCGCCCUCUCGGUCAAGAACAACCCUUGCAGCCGAAGAACGGCGUCACCACCAGCAACGGCACCACCACAAACGCACAUCCCAAGGCUCUCAUGGAUGCUGAGAUAGUACUCCGGAGAUUUGUCUCCUACGUGCUGCGCCAUCCAUUUGUGCUCGGGAGCCCGGCUCAUCUCCGGAUGAGAGUGACGAGCGAGGUGGAGGCGUUCUUACUUGCUCAUCUCCAGCAGGCCGAGGACAACAGGACGCUGCAUGCCUCCCGACAAGGAGGCACCCACCUAAGCUUUACUCAAACUGAUGAAGCUGGUUGUGGAUCACGCAUCUCGGCGAAUCCAUGGGAAAGCGCUGGCGGUGACAGCUUGAAGUCAGGCCAAACACAGGAAAAUGAGAGGGUCCAUCCGGCAAAAAGGAGCAGGACCUUCUACAACUGGGUCCGGAGCACAUCAGCAGAUCAUACUUCUUGUCCUUGUGCAUUUGUCUUCUUCAACUGCCUAGUCACGUCUUCGUCACCCAAGGCGUCCUCCGUUGAUCUAUACGGAAAUUCGGCAAAAACGGCGUACGUGGCCGAGGACUUGUGCCGCCACCUAGCCAGCAUGUGUCGUAUGUACAAUGACUAUGCAAGUGUUGUGCGGGACGAGAUCGAGGGUAAUCUGAACUCCAUUGCUUUCGCUGAAUUCGGCUCAGGUCAAGAGCGUAUCGAAUCAGAUGGGAGUGUGGAGCAUAAAAAGGCGCAACUCAUGUGGAUCGCAGAGUACGAGCGACGCGGGAUGGAAGCGGCCAUGUUGGAACUGAAGGGAGAGGUCGACAGCCGCAGUGGGCUAGAUCAGGGGAUCGUGGAUUCAACUAGGUUGUUCGUCUCGGUUACGGAUUUGUAUGGACAAAUUUACGUGAUUCGGGAUCUUACUAACCGUGUGAAGGGAGGUGGGACUCGGAAAUAGAUAGCAUCGCCCAGGUGUGGAAGAGGAUACGAGACAAGUUGUUCAUUUGAGCUUUCCAAUGUUUACCACCAUCAACGUU